AAAUUGGAAUGUGAUCAAUUGCGGUCACUCACAACAUAUGAUUAUAUCCAUAAUUAUAAUUUCUUAAUGUAUGUAAAUGGUAAUUGCAACUUCAGGUAUCAAACCGGCUUUGAUCAAAUUACGAUCCGGUCUAACAUUAACCGGAUCUUUCUGAGCCGCCGCCAAUACGUUACUUUAGGUAUGAGAGCUUCUCAUCUCAUUUGUAGCCAGCCUCUGUGAUUCGUAUUUUCUCCUCUGUCUCAGAUUCUUCGAGAAAACCCUAAUUAGCUUGUGGUCUCGUUGUUUCGCCAUGGAAGACGGCACGAUCGACCCCAAGUUGCCGAUUCCUGGCAGGAGAAAUAUACUAAUCACCAGUGCUCUGCCUUACGUCAAUAAUGUCCCUCAUCUCGGAAACAUCAUUGGAUGUGUUCUGAGUGCUGAUGUGUUUGCAAGAUUCUGUCGUAACCGUGGCUAUAAUGCGAUAUAUAUAUGUGGGACUGAUGAAUAUGGUACUGCAACUGAGACCAAAGCCUUGGAGGAAAAUUGCACCCCGAAAGAAAUCUGUGACAAGUACCAUGCCAUUCAUAAAGAAGUUUAUGACUGGUUUUUAACUCUCAAGUCUUUGUGGCCCAUUGUUUUUCAGCUUUACUGCGAUACAUGCAAGAAGUUCUUAGCUGACCGGCUUGUUGAGGGUUUUUGUCCAUUUGAAGUAUGUAAUUAUGACUCUGCUCGUGGAGAUCAGUGCGAAAAAUGUGGAAAGCUCCUGAAUCCUACUGAACUCAAAGAUCCGAAAUGCAAGGUCUGUCGAACCACACCUCGAAUUCGCGACACAGAUCACCUGUUUAUUGAACUUCCGUUACUGAAAGAUAAGCUGACAGAGUAUAUUAACGAGACAUCUGUUACUGGAUCUUGGAGUCAAAAUGCUAUUCAGACGACGAAAGCAUGGCUUAAGGAAGGGCUUAGACAGAGGUGCAUUACAAGGGAUCUAAAGUGGGGUGUUCCUGUGCCACAUGAGAAAUAUAAGGACAAAGUCUUCUACGUCUGGUUUGAUGCUCCUAUUGGGUACGUCUCAAUAACGUCAUGCUACACGUCUGAAUGGGAGCAGUGGUGGAAAAAUCCUGAGAAUGUGGAGCUUUAUCAGUUUAUGGGGAAAGACAAUGUGCCAUUUCACACUGUUAUGUUUCCAUCCACGCAGCUUGGCACUGGGGAAAAUUGGACACUGAUGAAGACAAUCAGUGUGACUGAAUACUUGAAUUACGAAGCCGGAAAGUUCUCCAAGAGUAAAGGUGUUGGGGUGUUUGGUAAUGACGUCAAAGAUACAAAUAUCCCUGUCGAAGUAUGGAGAUACUACUUGCUGACCAACAGGCCUGAGGUUUCUGACACAUUAUUUACAUGGGACGAUUUGCAAGCAAAACUUACUGGCGAGUUGCUGAACAACCUAGGCAACUUUGUUAACCGAGUCCUGAGUUUUAUAGCAAAGCCUGAGCCUGCAGGUUAUGGGUCUGUUAUCCCUGAUGCUCCUGGUGCUGAGUCUCAUCCUUUGACGCAAUCACUAGCUGAAAAGGUUGGAAGUUUGGUGGAACAGUAUGUCGAAGCCAUGGAAAAGGUUAAGCUCAAGCAGGGGCUGAAAGUUGCUAUGACCAUUUCGAAUGAAGGAAACGCAUACUUGCAGGGAACCAAAUUCUGGAAACUGUACAAGGAAGAUAAACCAUCUUGUGCGAUUGUUAUAAGAACUGCUGCUGGUGUAGUACACCUUCUUGCACAAUUAUUAGAACCUUUCAUGCCAUCCUUUUCUCGUGAGGUAUUCAAACAGCUUGAUUUGCCUCCACAUUUUUCACUCUCCGACGAGAGAGGAGAGGUAUUAAUAGCAAGUAGACCUUGGGAGAUUCUGCCUCCCAGUCACAAAAUAGGCAACCCUCAACCGUUGUUCAAGGAAUUGAAAGAUGAAGAAGUGCAACAGUACAGAGAAAAGUUCGCUGGAAGUCAGGCUGAUAGACGAGCUAGGGAUGCAGAAGCAGUAAACAUGGCGGAGCAACUUAAGAAGACAAAACUCUCAGAUGCUAAAAAGCAAAAGGCAUCAAAAGGAGCAGGAACAUCCAAACCUCAACCAGCUGCUGAUCGUGAAAUUACUAUGGCAAGACUUGAUAUUCGAGUCGGUAAAAUCGUCAAGGCUCGGAAACAUCCUAACGCAGAUUCAUUGUAUUUGGAAGAGAUCGAUGUUGGAGGAGGUGAAGUUCGCACCGUUGUGAGUGGACUGGUCAAAUACAUACCUCUUGAGGAGAUGCAGAACCGUAUGGUUUGUGUUCUUUGCAACUUGAAGCCGGCGAAAAUGAGGGAUGUUAUGUCACAAGCGAUGGUUCUUGCCGCUUCUAGUAGUGAUGGCAGCAAGGUUGAGUUAGUCGAGCCUCCUGAAUCUGCUAAGAUCGGAGAGAGGGUUAGGUUUGCCGGGUUUGAAGGCGAGCCAGACGAUGUUUUAAACCCUAAGAAGAAAAUAUGGGAGACACUUGUGGUGGAUCUGCACACAAAUGAGAAUCUAGUUGCUUGCUACAAAGAUUUGCCUUUCACUACAGAUUCAGGUGUAUGCAAGGUUUCAUCCAUCAGCAAUGGUACAAUCCGGUAAAAAAGCUUUAAGUUGGUCUUUAUCUUUCUUCAUUUCUCUCUCUCUCUUUUGAGGGGAAACACAUUUUUCUGAGAUUUCAUUUGAAGAAUUGAUUCUAUUAACAAACCUUGUCUUGUAAACUCAAACUCGUCACUUUUUUGGUUCUUAAUUUGGUUUUGAGAAACAAUAUGUUAAUUUUUUCUUUAGACAAACUUGGUAGGCCUUUUGGUAUAUCAAUAUCAGCUUUUUAUACUGGACCCGGACGGAAAGCAACCACACAAGUUGUUGAGGUUUCGAUGAUAGUGUAUAAAUAAUUAUCGUAUUUAUCAAAAGGUCAAUCACAUCAUUUAUUUAUUUUCAGUAACAACUUUGUAAUAAAGUCUUCCGCAAGCAAACUUUUGUGCAAAUUUCUUGGAAACUCAGUUUGCGACAAACUACAAAGUAAAUGUUGGC